AUGGCAGAGAAUGACAUUUCCAGCAACAUAACUGGAAAUAAGUUGAGCGGCUCAAUACCCACGGAUUUACUGGCGAGGGCCAGUGAUAACACAUUGCAGCUGAGCUCAAAGAAGGAUAAGCAUGGAAAGCCAGAAUCAUUCAGCUCCAAUAAGGAUAAACAUGGAAAGCCCAAAUGGAAAAUCCGAGCCCGGAUCACAGGAGAUUUCAGGAAAUACAAAUUAUAUAAUGGCCGUUUCACCCUUGAGGAGCUUGCAGGGAUCACCAAGAACUUUGAUGUUAGGAAUGUUAUUGGAGCAGGGGCUUUCGGAAAAGUUUUCCAUGGUAAGCUACAUAAUGGCACUGAAGUUGCAGUGAAAAAGCUUUCUCAAUCAGCUAGGGAUGGCCCCAAGCAAUUUGAAGCUGAGGCAAAACUACUCUUCAAAGUACACCAUAGGAACUUGGUUUCGCUUCUUGGAUACUGUGAUGAACCGGAAAACAUGGCAUUAUUUUACGAGUACUUGGCCAAGGGAAACUUGCGCGAAAAAUUAUCAGGAAAGGAUGGGAAAUUUUUUACCUGGGACCAGAGAUUAUGCAUUGCACUUGAUGCAGCAAAAGGCCCUGAUUACUUGCACAAUGAUUGCAAUCCACCUAUUAUUCACCGAGACCUAAAGAUGGCAAAUAUACCUCUGGAUGAACACUUGCAGGCCAAGAUUUCUGACUUCAGACUAUUGAGAAUUUUUUCAAGUGCAAAUGGCGUUAAUAUCGUAACCAAUCCUGUUGGAACACCUGGUUACCGCGACCCAAAAUAUUGUGAGUCUGGAAGAAGUUUGACCAAGAAAAGCGACGUUUACAGCUUCGGGGUCGUGCUUCUUGAGCUAUUCAAUGCCUGUUCUGUACAAGGUGACCGGGAAUACAUAGUCGACUGGGCAGCUCAAGAAGUCCAAAAACAAGACUACCUACAGCAAAUUGUUGAUCCAAGGCUAGAUGGGCAGUACGAUCCCCACUCAGCUAAGAAGUUGGUGACGAUAGUGUAUGCAUUGAGAAACUACAGCUGA